AACGCUCUAGUUUUCUCUCUAUGUUCUAAGCAUGAGAUAUUCUACUGUUAGACUAAAGUAUGUAAUACCUAUUUUCUAGUAUAAAUUCAAACUUUUCCUUAAACUCUUCUUUUAUGCAGAAUCAUUGUCAUUCAAAUAAUGAUACUUCUCCAUUAACUAUACCGCAAAUUAUUUUCCAGAAGGAAAAACUCCAUUGGCCUUUGAAACAUAAUAUGAUUGUGGUUUUUGUUAAAUACAUUGUGUUUAAAAAACAAAACAGUAAGUGACCUAAGCCAUUUAUUCAUCUUGGGAACCAGGAUUUAGAUUUAAAAAAAAAAAAAAAUAGUUUAUUUAAACGGGUACUUUGGAUGAGAAGGAGUUACUACUGGGGAAGUAGGUGAAGAGUAAUUGACUGAGGCUGUUUGUUCAUUUUGGAUACAGGGACCCAAGGUAAAAACAGUUUUCUUAAAUAGAAUAAUUCACGUCAGUGCUUUGUUUGAGAAAGAGUUAAUGCUGAGGAAGUAGGUGACGCAAAACUUACCCUGUACAAAUCUAGACAUUGAGCAAUCUUUCGAUGGGUGCUCUUGCCAAUGGGUUAGCUUUCAUUGGCUGCUUGCAAAGGAUUUACUGUGUGGACUUUAUCAAUUAAGUAAAAGGGCAGGGUUUGAACAGCCAAUGACAGCUGAGCAGAGAUAGCUCAUGUGUGAGCGUCACCAGACCAGCACCGGCAUUUCCAUUCUACAUGCUGUUAAGCUGUUUGCUCCUUCAGUGGCUGAGCACCCGGCCUCAUUAUCAGAAUGCUCUGCCUGUGCCUCUAUGUUCCACUAAUUGGGGAAGCCCAAACAGAGUUCCAGUACUUUGAAUCCAAGGGGCUGCCUGCAGAACUUAAAUCCAUCUUCAAACUUAGUGUCUUUAUCCCUUCUCAGGAAUUUUCCACCUACCGACAAUGGAAGCAGAAAAUUGUAAAAGCUGGAGAUAAGGACUUGGAUGGACAGCUGGACUUUGAGGAAUUUGUUCAUUAUCUUCAAGACCAUGAGAAGAAACUGAGACUUGUCUUUAAGAGCUUGGAUAAAAAAAAUGAUGGGCGCAUUGAUGCUCAGGAAAUCAUGCAGUCCCUGCGGGAUCUGGGGGUCAAGAUCUCUGAACAGCAGGCUGAAAAAAUCCUUAAGAGAAUACGAACGGGCCAUUUCUGGGGCCCUGUCACCUACAUGGAUAAAAAUGGAACUAUGACAAUUGAUUGGAAUGAAUGGAGAGAUUAUCAUCUUUUACAUCCAGUUGAAAAUGUUCCUGAGAUCAUUCUGUACUGGAAGCAUUCCACGAUCUUUGAUGUGGGAGAAAACCUAACUGUCCCUGAUGAAUUCACAGUAGAAGAAAGGCAGACAGGGAUGUGGUGGAGACAUCUUGUAGCUGGAGGAGGAGCAGGAGCCGUAUCCAGGACUUGCACGGCCCCCCUGGAUCGGCUGAAGGUACUCAUGCAGGUCCAUGCUUCCCGAAGCAAUAACAUGUGUAUUGUUGGAGGAUUCACACAGAUGAUCCGAGAAGGAGGGGCCAAAUCUCUUUGGCGAGGCAAUGGCAUUAAUGUCAUAAAAAUUGCCCCAGAAUCAGCUAUUAAAUUUAUGGCCUAUGAGCAGAUCAAGCGUCUUGUUGGUAGUGAUCAAGAAACACUGAGGAUUCAUGAGAGGCUGGUGGCAGGCUCUCUGGCAGGAGCCAUUGCCCAGAGUAGCAUCUAUCCUAUGGAAGUUCUAAAGACAAGGAUGGCGUUACGGAAAACAGGGCAGUAUUCGGGCAUGUUGGAUUGUGCCAAGAAGAUCCUGUCCAAGGAGGGAAUGACAGCUUUCUACAAAGGCUAUAUCCCCAAUAUGCUUGGAAUUAUUCCUUAUGCAGGAAUAGAUCUUGCUGUCUAUGAGACACUAAAAAAUACCUGGUUACAACGUUAUGCAGUCAACAGUGCAGACCCGGGAGUGUUUGUCCUCUUAGCUUGUGGCACAAUAUCUAGUACUUGUGGACAACUGGCCAGUUACCCUCUGGCUCUUGUGAGAACUCGGAUGCAAGCCCAGGCUACAAUUGAGGGAGCACCAGAAGUGACCAUGAGCAGCCUCUUCAAACAAAUCCUUCGGACAGAAGGAGCAUUUGGCCUGUACAGAGGCUUGGCCCCCAACUUCAUGAAGGUGAUCCCAGCUGUAAGCAUCAGUUAUGUGGUAUAUGAGAACCUGAAGAUCACCUUAGGGGUCCAGUCUCGGUGACGGGAAGGUUGGCUCCAGACUGUUGGACUUAAGGAUCUUGGGCUGAAGUCCCAGGAUGUAUAGCCAUCUCAUUCUGUGAAUGUGUCAACACUAAGCUGACUUAAGCCAAGCUGUGAAAACCCUAGAAUAUCUAUGAGAUAGAAGAGGCAGGGGGAAAAGAGGUCUGAGCUUUGGUUGACAUAUCAGUCUUGUUGUCCCAGAUCUCAUUGUCGAUCCCUGAGAAAACCCCAUUUGUUUCCUACAAAGCCUUCUUUAGGGGCCUAGGGAUGGGAACAAGACCUGGGGCUUUUGGUAAGGAGAGAAGUGCUCUCUGCCAUGACUGCUGCAAAAUAGAGGCUUGGGAACUGGCUUACUUUCACCAUCUUGCGCUAAGCAACCAAGCUAUUUGUUCCAGGAUAUCUUAACCCUCUGAUUUGCUAAGGGUUUUCCCUUUUCAGUCUUUGCUCACUUCCUCUUUGCUGUUUUAAUUCUUAAAACAUACUGUGAUGGGACAGACAGUGUUCCCAGGUCACACCUGUUUAUCAUGUAUACUCCCAUGGUGAGAAAAGAUUUAACCUUGAACUUCACAAAUAGCAUUUUCCAAUAUACUGAGUAAAAGCUGCCCUACAGGGUUCCUACAGGAAAGAGAAUGACCCAACUCGUGUAUUUGCUUAAGCAGAGCAUCUCUCUCAUUCAUGAGACAGUGCAGUUAAAUGAAUAGUGAACUGGUGCCCUGCAUGUUUGUAUGCAUGGCAAGGAUGGGUAAGGCUAUUUACCUUAUCUAUCUUAACAGCUUCACAUCCUAAUGCAUGAUUUCAUGAGUAAUAUUGUUCAGCCCUUGAAACUGAAGGGCUUCUCCUCUCUACUCGGCACCCUGAGGUGCCCUGAGAUGGCUCCCAGGCAGGGGCCGGACCAAGUGUCCACUCAAGAAUGUAAGCCACUCUCCUGUGUAGGAGUCAGUCUAUACUUUGGGAUUGGGAACAAGACUCCUCUUCCUUGAUGAGAGUUUAAGGCCUUAAAUUCUGGUGGAGUUGCAGUAGGGAUUUUAGUUUAUCAGAAAGAGAAAUAGAUGUGCAAAUUCUUCCUUUGCUUCUGUUACAGAAUGGGAAGAAAAAGUGAUAAAGGCAUUAUUUCUCUGACUACAUUAAGGUCUGUUUGGGGUCAGGUUUCUAAUCUAAGGGAUUCUUAUCCAACUCCUAAUUGGAGCAGAAAGGGAUCAGCCUCACAUUCCACUGAAGCAAUGUAUUUUACUGCUUAAAGCAUAUUUAUUUUGUAUUUAUUUGAACAGAUUUAUGUCCUAACUAUUUUUAUAGAUGUGUUUAAUUAUUAGCCUGUCCUGUUUAGUUGUUUGUUUGUUUUUUUAUCCUUAUUUAUGUUCAUAGUUGAUCGCACCUUCUUAGCACUGUGCAGCAGCAAGAAAUCUAUGGGGAGGACCACAAGCAUGCAAAAGGGGCCCCAUCAUUCCAUAUAGUCUGUGCUGUCUGCCUUAGGUCUACAAGAUCAAUCAGGAGAAUUUCCUUCCAGGCUGGAGCCUGAGGAUUGUGGAUGAGAGAAAUAGGAUCAUGGUGGGGGAGAGAAAGAGAUUUCCUUUGCUGAACAGAGACUAGGCUUGCUCUCCUGGAGCAGUGCAUGUGAUUCAAGAAGGGAUGAGGUUGUGUGAAUGAUAGACAAUUGGGGUUCAUGGGCACAAAAAUUUAUUUAGAGAGUGGGAGAAUGGGAAAGUGGGGAGGGAGAAAUCUCAGGGAUUUCCAAGAUGAAAAUCCAAAUAAUUUCCAGAAUCAGGAAGAAUUUUUUCAAAAAUAUUACUUCUGUUUAAAUCAAGUGGCUAUAAUGACCUGACUCUCCAAGUGCAUGUGCGAGAGGAGGGAGCCUUCUAGUAAGGGAAAGCUUGGUUGGCUGGAUGGCUAAGUGGGAAUGGUUUUGCAGCUUGUCUGGCCCAUCAGUAAAAUGGGCCUGUCCGCUUUCCAUUCAGACCGACAUACCCACUUCCUGUAGCCAGGAGACCAGCUGCUUUUUGGAGCCUUGGGUCUUGCUGCUUCCUUCCUCCCUGUUCUUGAAAUAGUGGUUGCAAAUCAUUUGACUAGACAGUUGCACUUUCAUUCCACCAGUAUGGCCUAAUGAGAAAAACAGGAUUCAAAGAUCAAUGCAAAAUUACUGUCUUUUUAGUUAUAACUGGAAUUUGUCCAAAAGCAAAAUUAAGCAACACAACAUGGAAGUUUUCACUUAGAACAACCUUCUAAUAAAGUUAUUUCAAUGCUGAUGAGA